GGGAAGUCGUCAUUCACCGUCGCUAUAUCGAAUUGAUGGUAGGCCCGAGACCUUGUCCAAAGCCUUCCCCAGUCGCGAGAUCGACGCGUUCACUUCCUUCUGGCGAGCUUCGACCUGUUUCUUCCCUGCUUCCACAGCUUGAAGCACUUGGAGAGGGAGCGUUUGGGAGGCGGAACCGCGCUCCAGUUCUGCCUUUGUUGCCCGCAGCGUUUCCAGGAUUCAUUCAAAGGUCCGUCCAUCUCGAAAACCCCACCGGUUUCAGAGCAGAGAG